CGAUUCUGUGUGGGCCUCUCUGAAUGGACCCUGAGCCGUGACAGUGAGCUGAACGCCAUGAUUGACAUCAGCAAGAGAGUGGACCUGAAGCUGAGCGAGGACGUGUUGGCCUACGUGAGGAGCAAGAUGGCGUCGGAGAGCAGGCGAGCCAUGCUGGAGGAGGAGCUGGAGGUGGUGCUGAAGAAGGUCCUGCUUGGCCUGGAGGAGCUCGACAGCUUUGUGGAGGCGGUGGAGUGGCUGGCGGUCACCACGCCGCACGUCUUCCGGGAUGAGGUGUUCAAGCUGCCCGACGGUGUCAGCUGCUGCGACGUGAAGCUUGCCAUUGGCGGCGCGCGUCAGGCAUGCCCACUCGCCAUGGAGUUUAAGAGAGACGCAAAGGUCUUCUUCCUGCCCAAGCUUGACAACGUGCAGGUGCUGAUUUACAUGCUGGACAAAUACAUCCAGACCACACUCAACAUGUGUCUCCUGUUGAACAAAAGCAAGUUCUGCCUCAACAUGACCAUGAAAGCUGCAUUGGACCUUGGCGUGGAGCUCCAUGUGGACCUGCCUGCAGUCGACAGGAUGCUUCAUCACAUCAACACCUGUGACAACAUCAGGAAGGACGCAAACUUCCGGCUGGUCUUCAUGCUGCAGGAUGCCGCCAGCCGUCGCUUCGUCAUGGAGUUCAGCCAGCGCCGUUCCAGGAUGCUGGAGCUUCUGGACGAACUGGAUCAGAGUGCCUCAGAUCUGGUCAGGAUGAACAGAGCUAAAAAAAUCUCCAGCGUGGUGGGGAGCUCGGUGGGCGUUGUCAGUGGUGUGCUGUCCAUCACCGGUCUUGCCAUGUCACCUGCUUCUGGUGGAGCAUCUCUGAUUCUGAGCAUGGUGGCGCUGGGCCUCGGCCUCUCCGGCUUUGCCAGCUGCAUUGCGGUCUCUGCCACAGACUUCACAAUCAACCAGAAACACAAGAACAAAGCCAGUGAGGUGUUUGAGAACUUCAUGCAGGAUGUGCAGUGUCUGGACGACGCCACCAGAGAAGCCGGUCGACUGGACAUGGCCGUCAAUGCGGUUCUUUGCCAGGUGGACGCUGUUGAAAGAGUGGCUUCUUUGCAUGUAGACGCCACCUCCACUACCAAGACGCUCAAAAGCAACCAGGUGGUCACAAGGAUCGGCAAGGUGGUGGUCCAGGGCGGAAAAGCUUUCCGAAAUGUCCACAAGAUGGUGGCGGACGUCCAAAGAGUGAGCCAGACGGCUGCUAGAAGCUCCCUGCUGGCGUUACGCACGGCCAAGGCCGGCCUUAUCCCGCUCAACGGGAUCUUCGUCGGCCUCGACGUCUUCAUCAUCUGCAUGAACGGCGUCGCUCUGGUCAAAGGAUGCCACACCGACGUCUCCCGUUUCAUCCGAGCCAGGACCGCCCUGUGGCGCUCCGAGAUGGACUUGUGGCAGAGGAUCUCGGACUCUCUGGUCCAAGGGAUGCUGUCCCUUGAGAAGAACCAGGCUGUCAUGGAGGCAGAGUUUUACAAAGACGACCAACAGGAAGAAAGACGACAUUGUGUCAUUCAGUAGCAACCAUGCUGACCUGAUGUCCUACACAAUAUCAAACUUACACAAAGCAGCUUGAAACACCCCCACAAAGUCGCACAAACACUUCCAGAGCUCCGACUGUGCCGCUGACACACAUGACAGGGUAGCGUGUGUUUGGAAAGCUUCUGCAGUCGCCUGCAGUAUUUACUCACAAGGAGAC